GGAAACAUUGCGGAUGAAGGAGAUAAUGUUUUAUAGAGUUGAACUAUAAUGAUAGUGUAGUCGCAGUUCUCCUCGAAAUGACGUCUUCUGUUCGAUUUAACGACAACGAAGUAGAUUCUGCUGGAAUCUCAAGAAGUGCUACAUUAUCAAACACAGUGAGAUGUUCCACAAUUAUAAAUAAUGAAGACCUUAAGUGUUAUUACAAAAGUAUAUUCGAAUGUUGCGACCGUAACAAAGAUGGAGUUAUAAGUAUAUCCGAGCUGAAGGAGUUCAUAGAGACUCAAGACAAUAUUGAUAUAAGUGAAGAGUUGGCUGAAAGGAUCUAUUAUCAGUUUGAUACGAACAAAAAUGAACAGAUCGAUUUCACAGAAUUUGUGGAAAUGGUAAAUAGCCCAUUGUUCAAAAAUACUUUUGAAAGAUUAACGAGAAGAAUAUGUAAGUUUAUUGUAGUAAUACCAAAUCGAAAGAAAGCACUCACUCUACAAAGGACACUUACAACUACUGGCCAAUAUGAAGCGAGUUUCAAAUUCCAGAAGAGUACCGUUCGCAUUUUGAUAUUAUCUGUUCUCCAGAUAUGUUUAUUUUACAUCAAUGAGGCCUAUAAGUCUGAGGAUAGAGAGGGUCCUUAUUAUUGCUAUUUUGCUUUUUUACCUUGCCGAAAAUUUGAAAUGUAUCGUUACUUGACUUAUUGCUUUGUUCAUUCAAGUGAGAUGCAUUUGUAUGGGAAUAUAUUCCUUCAACUUCUCUUGGGUAUACCAAUUGAAGUAAUACAUAAGUGGAGAGUCUUUCCCAUAUAUUUCUUGGGUGUUCUGGGAGGAUCCCUGACUCAUGCGGUGAUAAAUAGAGAAGUUGGAGCAAUUGGAGCUAGUGCAGGAAUAUCUGCAUUUCUUACAAUCCCCAUUGCAGCAGUCAUAUUAAACUGGAAAGAAAUGAGUCAUCCCACAGUCCAUCUACUGCUCUUUGGAAUCAUAACCGCUCUGGAUAUAGUUUAUAAAAUUCUAGUAGUCGGGGAUAUGGAAACAAGUUAUGCCUCCCAUUUAGGAGGAGCUUUGGUAGGUUUGUUAUUUGGAGUAAAUAUACUGAAGAAUUUAAAAAUAACGAAGACUGAAAUAAUCAUUUGGCAUAUUUCCUUGGUGACCCUGGCAAUUAUUUUGAUUAUUCUCGUUAUAUUAGGUGUUUAUAUGGGACCCAACUGUGAAUCUGAUUCAGAUUAUAUAGGAAAUUGCACAUAUCUGUAUAAUUAUUGAAGAAAUAAACAAUUAUGAAAGUAUA